CCAGGGUUCCACACCCCAGGACCCUCCCUGGCCAAUGACAGCCCACCAGUGGAACUCAGCCUACCACUUGGAACCAGGGCUGUGGAACAGAGCAGGGGAGAGGAAGCCAGGGCUGUGUUUCCCCUUCCAAGACAUCAGGUCCCUAACACCCCUGGUAACUCUCGGGGUGGCAUCAGUGUCCCCAACACUAUAAAGACAGGUAGGUGGGGUCUUCCCUGCCCUGCAGCCCCAGGGUGGUUUCCGGCACCGGGAGUGCUGGAGGGAGGGGGCGUGGUGCUAGUCCUCGGGAUUUAUGAGAACCAGACGUCAACUUCCCCCAUUGCGACAUCUGGGCUUCCUGGAGGCUCUCAUUGUCCCGGCGGUGGAAGGACUUGACAGUGACGGCCCCCGCCAAGCGCCUGUCCACGAGGAGUGCCCACGCUCCAUUCACCCCACAGCUCAGAGCCCCAUUCACCCCACACCUCAGACCACCCACCAGGCCUCCACCCGCUGCGCUCCGGGGACCACCACUCCGGGGUCCGGAGAACGUCCUCGCAGAGGGGUAAUUCUGGCGCUUGGCCUGGGGCCGGCUCCGCGAGACGGGCCGGUCACAGACUCCCGCCCAAAAUGGGGAAGCUACUCCUCUUGGCCCCAGGGCUCGGUCGCCCCGCCGCCGCCGCCGCCGCCGCUGCCAACCGGAGGAGCCGCAGGGGGCUGCGAUGGGACGGAAGCCAUGAAUGGUGCCGCCCCUGGCCCUGCCGCCUCCCCCUCCCCGGUCCCGGUCCCGGACUGGCGGCAGUUCUGCGAGCUGCAUGCGCAGGCAGCUGCCGUGGACUUCGCACACAAGUUCUGCCGCUUCUUGCGGGACAACCCAGCCUACGAUACCCCCGACGCAGGCGCCUCCUUCUCCCGCCACUUCGCUACAAACUUCCUGGACGUGUUCGGCGAGGCGGUGCGCCGCGUGCUGGUGGCCAUGCCGGCGCCUGCAGGGGCAACCCAGCACCCCGACGCCAUGGAGCAGGAGCCGGCGGGGCCUGCGGCGCUAAAGGCGGCGGCGUACGGCCACUCGCGGAGCUCGGAGGACGUGACGGCGCACGCUGCGGCCAAGGCCAGGGUCCGCAAGGGCUUUUCACUGCGUAACAUGAGCCUAUGCGUGGUGGACGGCGUGCGCGACAUGUGGCACCGGCGCGCCUCGCCCGAGCCCGACACCGCCCCGCGGGCUGUUGAGCCCCCGGCCGAACCACGCGACAGGUGGACACGGCGGCUGCGGCUGCCUCGGACGCUGGCGGCCAAGGUGGAACUGGUGGACAUACAGCGCGAGGGCGCGCUGCGCUUCAUGGUGGCUGAUGAUGCAGCCGCGGGUCCAGGGGGCGCUGCCCACUGGCAGAAGUGCCGCCUGCUCCUGCGCAGGGCCGUGGCGGGCGAGCGCUUUCGCCUCGAGUUCUUCGUGCCGCCCAAGGCCUCCAGGCCCAAAGUCAGCAUCCCUCUGUCAGCCAUCAUUGAGGUCCGCACCACCAUGCCUCUGGAGAUGCCGGAGAAGGACAACACAUUUGUUCUCAAGGUGGAGAAUGGAGCAGAGUACAUCCUGGAGACCAUCGACUCACUACAGAAGCACUCAUGGGUGGCCGACAUCCAGGGCUGCGUGGACCCCGGGGACAGCGAGGAAGACACUGAACUCUCCUGUGCCCGAGGCAGCUGUCUGGCUAGCCGCGUGGCCUCCUGCAGCUGUGAGCUCCUGAUGGACGCAGUAGACCUGCCUCGGCCGCCAGAAACAACAGCAGCUGUGGUGACAGCCCCACACAGCCGAGCUCAAGAUGCCAUUGGGGAGUCCCUGGUCCAUGUCCCACUGGAGACCUUCCUGGAGACCCUGGAACCUCCAGUAGGCAGCGGGGGUGACAGCAGUAACACAGGGGAGGAGGGGGCAGAGCCAGAGGCUGAGGUCGAGCCCGAGCUGGAGCUCUCCUCCUGCCCCUGGUUCCACGGGACGCUGUCACGGGUCCAGGCAGCUCAGCUGGUGCUGGCAGGUGGGCCCCGGAGCCAUGGCCUCUUCGUCAUCCGCCAGAGUGAGACUCGGCCUGGGGAAUACGUGCUGACCUUCAACUUCCAGGGCAAAGCCAAGAUAACAAAUGUCUGGAAGAUUCUCCUGAAGACUGAGAUGCACUCACCCCCUGGGGCACAGCUCAGCCCUGGGCCUCCGCCCCCCAAGGCCCUGCCCAGAUUUGAGACUGUGGUGGGACCCCACUAUGCUGUUCCUCCCUGGCUGAGCCCCUGCCCUGUACUGCCAUUAAUGCUCCCUGGGCUUGCUCUCACUGUUCUAGCAACUUCUGGUCCUGGGGAGUGGCAGAACUCAUUUAUGGUACCCUGCUCCCCCACCAAGCACUUCUCUGUCCUUUAUGUCAGCUACUAGACCAGCUUUCCAUCUUGGGCUUGGGGGCCAUCUGCAUACCCUGAAUGCCCCCAGCACCUCCCCUCUUGCCACACACACCCAGAGACUGACACUCUUCCUCCUGUGGGAUAUGUACUGAGCAAAACAGGGCUGAAACCAGACCUGUGGCUCACCGCUAGGGAACGCGGACCUGUGGUGCCUCCCCCUGAUGGCCUGCCCCAUGUGGGCCCAGGAAACCCAGGGAGGAACCAGCCCUGCUCCUCGGGCUCCAGGUGCUCCCACCGCAGACAUCUGAGGAGCACGUGCCGUCACUCCUUCCCCCGCCAGCCGUGGGCUUGUUUCCACUGCUCUGGGCUUGUCUCUGCAGGGACAGAGGGCAGACCCAGAGGCAGUUUGGAGGGGGGAAAUUGCACAAACACAAGUUCUCUUCCUAACUCUGCGUCCUGUGACUAUGGGUGGGUCACUCCCUCCCUCUGCCUCAGUUUGUCCAUCUCUAACUUGGGGGCUGUAAUCUCUGCCUUCUAGGGCUGUUGGAGACUACGGAGGCGUGAAGGGCAUGAUGUGGGUGCUCCCUUUCAUCCCAGCCUGACAGUGUUGCCCUCCUCCCUGAUCCCCCCCCACAGGAGUAACUCUCCUAAGAUGGGGCUCAAGUGUGAGAGGCCCCCACUCUGACACAGCCCCAUAUGGCCUCUGUGAGACAUGGUCCUCCCACCCACCCCAAAAGGCACUUGCCCAGCAGGUGGCCAGUCUAGGACCCCACCACUGACCAUGCCCACCUGUGC